CUCGUGAGUUGAUGAUAGGACUUUUGCAAAAUUGAUCGCGACUUUUUAAAAGCAAAACUAGUUAGCUGAGUGGAUUGAUUGAUGUACUGAGCAUCAGACAGUAUGGCAGAGGAAGAGUUGCAGAGACACAGAGCUCCGGAGCCUGUAAACAUCACAGUGCUGCGAGCGAGACAUCUGAGGGGCAGUAAAGGUGACGGCCUAAGUUCCCUCGUCAAAGUAGAGUACGGCAGCAGCACACUUGGGGAAUCCGCAAAGGUAGACUCCACUAAUGACGUGGCAGCUGAGUAUAACUUCAAUGCUAAGUUUGAUUGCAGCUUUGACGAUCCCAUUGUACUGGACGAGAUUGCCUUUAAACCUGUCCUAGUGACUGUUAUUGAAGUCCUCCCUAAGGAGAAGAAACAGAAAGAAGAGAAGACUGUUCUCCUCGGCCAGUGCACCGUGGACCUACUGCCCUUGGUCCGAGGAGAGACCAAAUAUAAGAGUACCCUGGUCAUUCAUUCUCUGCCCGGCUCACCGCUGGAGAGCAUCCCUGCUGACGGUCCUAAGGCGGAGAUUGAUGUGGUCGUGUCGGUGACCGAGCCCUUAUUGUCUGAGGAUCAGCUGAAGGAGAGCAACCUACUGACGAUUACUGUAGAAGCUGGCUACUCCGUCCCUGAGACAUGGAACCCCAGUGGAACUCAGUACAUGUAUAACAUUACACUACCCGUACCACUGACUGCUGAGAGGGAGUCAACUGUAGUGAUAUCAAACGGAGUCUUAAAAGCAGUCAAUGAUAAGGAGCCUCCAUCUAAACAAAAGAAAUGGCCUGUACCUGGAGGGGCUCAAGGGGGCGCUGUCUUCAUCCCAGACAAAUUUGUCCAAGUUGUGAGCUACGAUGAAGAAGAUGGAGAACUGGCUGGAAAAGAGGAUCGAGAGUUUCGCGUGGAAGUAGAGACGGACAAGAACCGAGUCAUCUGGAAUUGUGAAAGGCGUUGCUACAUCGAACCAUCUGCAGUGCAAAGCCUGCAAACCAAGAUCGCACAUACACGCUUUUGGCCUGUAGAGCUAAUGAGGAUGCCUAUGCCAUCAGCAGCCAAGGCUAAAGGAAAGGAAGAGGAUAAUCCGAUAUUCUUCCAUGGUGUUGCGUACGUCAACCUUGCUCCACUGCUGUAUCCUGGAGUGAACAAGAUCAGAGGUGCUUUUAGAGUACACGCUUAUAAUGAGGCAGAAAUUGUUGAGAAGACUAAGAGAAAGGGAGGUCUAGCUGAAGAGGCAGCUAGAAUGGCCACCUCAAUGUACAGGAAUGCAUCACCGUCCAUCAAGGCAGGCAAGACGGGUAAAGAUGAGAAAGGAGGAGGUAAAGACAAAGAUAAAGAUGCUGCCAAGAAGCCGUCCCAGAUGUUGAAACCUGGCCAGCAAGCCCCUGAUGCUAUGUCGGAGGUAGAAGCUCCUGCUAGUCAGAACCUAGAGGGUAUGCAGUACGACGAAGCUCGUACCUACAUCAUCCUAGAGUUCAGUCUACAGAGACCCAUGGUGCCAAAGAGGGCACCCGAAGAACUGGCUAAAAGGGUGGCUGAGUACAUCCCACCUAGACCUCUGUUUCCAAGAAGGACGAACGGUGCUCAGAGAGCCGUAGAAGACUUCCAUCAGCAGGUAGCCAACAUUGGAAACAUGGUUCUUGAAGAAUUCAGGAGUGAGUUUGGCAACCAGCUGGAUAACGGUCAGUUACCAUGCUCUAAUGAUGCCCAAGAAGAAAGGAGAAGAAAGCUCAUGUAUGAACUCAACACAUCCGGCAAAUACUUUGCUUUCAAGGAACAGCUUAAGCACUCUGUGGUGAAGAUCGUACGUGAGAAGUACCUCAAGACCAGUGCCUUUAACAAUAAGGAGGAGCUACAGGCUUUCCUGAGUGAACUCUACGUCUUCCUAGUGGACCAGAUGCAUGCUGGGAUAGGCAAGGUGCUGUCGCUAGAAGACGAGACCCCAGUGCCAGCUCCUCUGACUGACUCCGCCCAACUCAAGCACUUUGCCAGAGAGGCGGAGGUGAAUGAGGACUUUGGACUGGCUGCCAAGUAUUACCAGGAGAGACUUGCCCGUAACAGGAACGACGCUGACCACUGGUUUGACUACGGAUCAUUCUGCCUCCUCAUCAAUGACAUCUCAAAGGCUGAGGAGUGCUUUAAGGAGACGGUUUCCAUCAACGCACAGCAUCUUUAUGGUCUCCUACUCUACGGAGUCAUCUGUUCCGUUGAGGAGAGGAACGAAGUCGCAGAGACGUUCUUUGAAACGGCUUCUUGUGUGGAUCAAGACAGCGUACUAGCCUGGACCAUGUUAGGGCUAUUUUACGACGGGAUAAACAAUGACAUCCAAGCAGAGUAUGCCUUCAUGCAGGCGCAGAAGAUCAACCAGGCCAACGCCGUGGCCAAGAUGAAACAGCAACAGGCCAUAGAGCAGCAAGCCAACGCCUCACAGGCUCCGGGCGGUAACGAAGCCAAGAUCACUGAGGAACCUGCCAGUGAAAAAGCGGAGAGUGAGAAGGGUCCAUUGCUGCCUCAAUUCACCAAGACCCCUGCUACACCCACAGAUGCUAAGAUACCACUCCGCCCACAAUCCAAGGAUAAAACCCCGGGCUACAAAAAGCGGAUGUCCGUUUCUUCCAAGUCUGCUUUCAGUCAAGACAACCAGCGUAUCCGCAGCGCCACUAGUAACAUGCAGGGAAGUAAGAUGGGAAGUCGACCCGGCUCGGCUGAGCAGGAGGAGCAGCAGAAAGAGCAAAUACCCAUCCCAGAGUCCAGCAUCUUCAUGAUCGCUGUGGAGUUCCUCUUGGAGGUCAAAGCGACCCAGUUCUGUGAGCGAGCUUUAGCCCAUGAGUUAUUGAUACCAAGGGGUGGUCCUACUGCUGUGUACUACGUGGCCCUCGCUAGACUCAAGCUGCAACGGAAGGAGCUUCAGGAGGCACAGGAUAGUCUCAAUCAAGCACUGCUUCUUAACUACCAGGAUCCCAAUGCAUGGUCCAUCAUGGGGCAUCUACGUUACUUACAAGGCAACAUGCCAGAGGCUAAAGAUUGCUACGAGAGAACACUAGCGUUUGUUGCCGAUGCCAGGGAGAUGCAUGCAAUCUACCUCCGUCUGGCAUCAAUCUACCUACAGGAUGGAGAGUUUCAGAGAGCUAAGGACACGUUUCUUCUUGCUUGUAAGCAUUCACCAUCUUGUAUCUCAUGGCUCGGUGUCGGCAUCGCUUGCUACAGAUUGGGAGAGAUGUCUGAAGCAGAGGAUGCACUCUGCGAGGCCAACAUUCUGAAUAACAGUGACCCUGAGGUCUGGGGUUACCUGUCCCUAGUCUGUCUUCAGACGGAGAGACAGCUAGAGGCAGAGCAGGCAUACAAGUACGCCAUUAAGGUCAACCUGAAGGAUGGUGAACUCCUCAAGGAAAUACAAGCUGUCCAAGAGCAGGUCGGCUACGGAAAUCCACAGUUUUAAAUAGAAUGAUUGUGCAUAGCGUCAUCGACCACCAUAUUUUAUGAUAAACAAUGGGAAAAGUGCAUGCUUGUAAGGGCUGUGCUUGACUCUUAGCCAGUGAUAGCAUUUUAUGCGGGCACGUUUCAUCAAAGAUGGUGGUCAGUGAUGAUGUCAUGGUUUAUUAACUCCAUUGCUUAGGUGCGGAACUGGAUACUGCAUGUCCGACAGUUGAGCAGAGACACAAUAGUUUUCCAAUUUGUUUUGCAAAGUGAUAAACAAGUUUUGAUGUCAUCAGUACUAAGGUUGAUUUACUCUUUGGACUGUUUUCAGGAAUUUCUUGGCACUAAUGUUGAGGGCCCUAUUAAGCACACUUUUAACAUGUUAUCCAUUAUUCUUGGAUAUGCAUGCAUGUUUGGAAACUACCUGGGCCCAAUUUAAUAAAGCUGAUUUAAGCAACGAAAUAUUGCCAAACGAGUUUCUGCUAGAAAAAAUGAGCAGGAUACAAGUCGCAGAUGGUACAUGUGACAUUGAGUUUUAUCUGGUAACCUUAAUCUGUUAAGCAUAAUUGCUAUGUGCUUAGCUGCUUAUAAGCAGCUCUAUGUCUAGUGCCACAGCGUCCAACCGACUGCCGUUGUCACUUACCCCUAGAAGCGAAUUACACUAACCAGCCAAAGUAAGCAUGCUUUAUGAGUGGUUCCCUCCUAAUUUUUGUUUUGAAAAUCAAUUUGCUCAGCAUGUUUUUUUUUCAUGCUUAGCAAUGUAACAUAUGUACUUAAAAGGAUGCUUAGCAAUGUAAACAUAAUGUGCUUGAUGGGAUUUAGUUCAGAGAGCAGCGCACUCUCAGAUUUUAACUUUCACAAUUUGGGAUGUUUGGUAAGGUUGAAAAUAUCACAGAUUUGCACGUAACUUACAGAAUAAAGAUGGUCAUGGAUGAAAACUUCCCUCAAAAUAUAUUUUAAAUUUGUAAAUUGAGCACAUUCUCUUAUUAUAUUAUUUCGUUGUGGGGGGGGGGGGUGUUUUUGAGCUUAUUAUACCUAAAACCAAUACUUAAGAUGUAAAGUCUGACGUUUUUGUGCUUCACUUGUAAAUAUUAUACAAAGUAUUUGUCAAGUUUAUUAUUAUUCAUAAACAUAAUUGUUGACCAAAGAAGAAUUCCGUCCAAAAACAAUCUUCCUUUGUAAAGUUUCCGUCCAAUUUGUUUACAAAAAUUACAAUGUGCAGAAAUUUUUCUUACCCACUCCACUCAAUUUUCCUGGUGGUUUAUAAUCUAAAAAGUUAUAUAAUUAUUUUGUAAACAAGUUAUACUUGGAACAAUUGUUGACUUGUUGAUAUCGGCAAAUACUUUCUUCAAAUAGGUUGAAGCAUUUUAUACUUUUUAAUUUGGUAUUAUUUGUAGAAAAUAUUCCCUACUGUAAUGAUGAAAAACAAUAAAC